AUGGCAAUUCCUUUCCGACAGUCCCAGCGCAAGCAGUCGCGUCAACUGUCGACGGACCCCCGCAAUGAGCUCCACCCUCAAGUCGACCACUACAUCGGUAUCGAUGUUGGUACUGGUAGUGCCAGAGCCUGCAUCAUGAAUGAUCAAGGAGACAUCGUUGGACUGGCAUCAGAGAACAUUGGCCUCUGGCAACCACAGACUGGCUACUAUGAACAAUCCACAACAGACAUCUGGCGGUGCAUUUGCUCUUCAGUCCGCCGAGCAAUGGAUCAGCACAAUAUCGACCAGAGUACUAUCCGCGGUAUCGGCUUCGACGCCACCUGCUCGCUCGCAGUCUUCAGAGAUGACACUGAUGAGCCUGUUGCGGUCACCGGACCCAAUUUCGAUAACAAAGAUGGCAACGACCGCAAUGUCAUCCUGUGGCUCGACCAUCGGCCUGUGGAGGAAACCAACAAGAUCAACGCUACCGGGCAUAAUCUGCUCCGCUACGUUGGAGGCAAGAUGUCUAUCGAGAUGGAGAUUCCAAAGGUGCUGUGGCUGAAGAACAACAUGCCAAAGGAACUAUUCGAUCGCUGCAAGUUCUAUGAUCUGACUGAUGCUCUUACACAUUUGGCUACUGGCAGUGAAAGCAGAAGCUACUGCAGUGUAGUCUGUAAGCAGGGCUUUGUACCGGUCGGAGUCGAUGGGAGUGUAAAGGGCUGGCAGGAAGACUUCCUCAAAGAGAUUGGACUUGAAGACCUAUGCGAAGACAACUUCAAACGCAUGGGAGGUGUUGAUAAAGUGAACGGACGCUACCUCACUGCUGGUGAACUUGUCGGUACACUCAGCGAGAAGGCUGCACAGGAGAUGGGCCUACAGCCUGGUAUCGCAGUCGGCAGUGGAGUUAUCGAUGCCUACGCUGGCUGGAUUGGCACGGUUGGUGCCAAAGUCAAGCUCGACGAAGAUACUCUCGACAUGGAUCAACCCAAGAAUGACGUCUCACAAGCUUUCACGCGCCUCGCAGCCGUUGCCGGAACAUCGACCUGUCACCUUGCCAUGUCCCGUAACCCGGUCUUCGUCGACGGUGUCUGGGGUCCAUACCGAGACGUCCUACUACCAGACUACUGGAUGGCAGAAGGAGGACAGAGUGCAACGGGUGAAUUGCUCAAACAUGUAAUCGAGACACAUCCAGCUUUCAACGAAGCCGUGUCUGUCGCAGAAACAUACAACACCAAUAUCUACGACUACCUCAACGAACACCUCCUCGAGAUGGCAGACAAAGAAAAUGCCCCACACAUCGCCUGGCUUGGCCGCCACUUCUUCUUCUACGGUGAUCUCUUCGGUAAUCGCUCGCCCAUCGCCGACCCUAACAUGAAGGGCUCUGUAAUUGGUCUGAGCUCCGACAAGAGUCUCGACAGUCUGGCACUAUACUACUACGCAACCAUGGAGUUUAUCGCUCUGCAGACACACCAGAUUGUCUCUGCGAUGAAUGCCUCCGGCCACGUUAUUUCCUCAAUCUUCAUGUCUGGUUCUCAGUGCCAGAACAGCCUACUCAUGCAACUCAUGGCCACCGCAUGCGACAUGCCCGUUCUGAUUCCACGCUAUGUACAUGCAGCUGUGGUGCACGGCGCGGCUAUGCUGGGUGCAAAGGCAGCGAGCACCGACAAGGACGGAAACAGUGAACCGCUUUGGGACAUUAUGGACAGACUGAGCAAGCCUGGAAAAACUGUGAAGCCACUAGCCGACAAGACAGUCAAGAAGUUGUUGGACGCUAAGUACAAGGUGUUCCUGGAGCUGUGUGAAGGACAACAAAGGUACAGGAACGAGAUCGAUGCUGCUAUUGCAGGUUGGUCCAGCAAGUAG